CGCGCUCGAGCCCAGGUAGCCGCGCCGCAGGCUCGGGGCGCUGCCACCCCGCGCCCCGCCGCGCCUCGGGCCCCUCGGGGACGGCGGCUGGCGACGCUCCCGGCUGCUGCUGCUGCUGCUGCUGCUGCUGCUCUCCGGGGAAGGAGUGAUUCCUGUUCUGAAGUGGACACUGGCGGAGGAUCCAUUAGCCAUCAGAAUGGAAGUGAGGAGAGGAACCUGGCUGACGCAGGAGCCGGAGUGAGGCUGACACACCGCAGCCCUGGCGUGCACCAUGAGUUUGUGCCUCCCUUCCACACUCUGAGAGCAAGGGCAGGCGAAGGUGCUGGAGAGCUAUGGCUCUUUUUACUCCAUGGAAGCUGUCCUCUCAGAAGCUGGGCUUUUUCCUCGUGACUUUUGGCUUUAUUUGGGGUAUGAUGCUCCUGCAUUUUACCAUCCAGCAGCGAACUCAGCCCGAAAGCAGCUCCAUGCUGCGGGAGCAGAUCCUAGACCUCAGCAAGAGGUACAUCAAGGCGCUGGCAGAAGAGAACAGGAAUGUGGUGGACGGGCCAUACGCUGGUGUCAUGACAGCUUACGAUCUGAAGAAAACUCUUGCUGUAUUGUUGGAUAACAUCUUGCAGCGCAUUGGCAAGUUGGAGUCGAAGGUGGACAAUCUGGUCAUCAAUGGCACAGGAACAAAUGCAACCAACUCUACCACAGCUGUUCCCAGCUUGGUAGCACUUGAGAAAAUUAAUGUGGCAGAUAUCAUUAAUGGAGCUCAAGAAAAAUGUGUAUUGCCUCCUAUGGAUGGCUACCCCCACUGUGAGGGGAAAAUCAAGUGGAUGAAAGACAUGUGGCGCUCGGAUCCCUGCUACGCAGAAUAUGGAGUGGAUGGGUCCACCUGCUCCUUUUUUAUUUACCUCAGUGAGGUUGAAAAUUGGUGUCCUCAUUUACCUUGGAGAGCAAAAAAUCCCAAUGAAGAAGCUGAUCAUAAUUCAUUGGCAGAAAUCCGUACGGAUUUUAAUAUUCUCUACAGUAUGAUGAAAAAGCAUGAAGAAUUCCGGUGGAUGCGACUUCGGAUACGGCGAAUGGCUGAUGCUUGGAUCCAGGCAGUCAAAUCUCUGGCAGAAAAGCAGAAUCUUGAAAAGAGAAAAAGGAAGAAAGUCCUCGUUCAUCUGGGACUCCUGACGAAGGAAUCUGGAUUUAAGAUUGCAGAGACAGCAUUCAGUGGUGGCCCUCUUGGUGAAUUAGUUCAGUGGAGUGAUUUAAUUACAUCUCUGUACUUACUGGGCCAUGACAUUCGGAUUUCAGCUUCACUGGCUGAGCUCAAGGAAAUAAUGAAGAAGGUUGUUGGAAACCGAUCAGGCUGUCCAACUGUAGGCGACAAAAUUGUUGAGCUCAUUUAUAUUGAUAUUGUAGGACUUGCUCAAUUCAAGAAAACGCUGGGACCAUCCUGGGUUCAUUACCAGUGCAUGCUCCGAGUCCUGGACUCCUUUGGCACAGAGCCUGAGUUUAACCAUGCGAACUAUGCCCAGUCGAAAGGCCACAAAACCCCAUGGGGCAAGUGGAAUCUGAACCCACAGCAGUUUUAUACAAUGUUCCCUCAUACCCCAGACAACAGCUUUCUGGGGUUUGUGGUCGAGCAGCACCUGAACUCCAGUGACAUCCACCACAUCAAUGAGAUCAAAAGGCAGAACCAGUCCCUGGUGUACGGCAAAGUGGAUAGCUUCUGGAAGAAUAAGAAGAUCUACUUGGACAUUAUUCACACAUACAUGGAAGUGCAUGCCACGGUAUAUGGCUCUGGCACAAAAUAUAUUCCCAGCUACGUGAAAAACCAUGGUAUCCUUAGUGGACGGGAUCUGCAGUUUCUUCUCCGAGAAACCAAGCUGUUCGUUGGACUUGGGUUUCCCUACGAGGGUCCGGCUCCCCUGGAGGCCAUCGCAAAUGGAUGUGCUUUUCUGAAUCCCAAGUUCAGUCCCCCAAAAAGCAGCAAAAAUACGGACUUCUUCAUUGGCAAGCCAACUCUGAGAGAGCUGACAUCCCAGCAUCCUUAUGCAGAAGUUUUCAUCGGCCGGCCACAUGUCUGGACUGUUGACCUUAACAAUCAGGAGGAAGUAGAAGAUGCAGUGAAAGCAAUUCUGAGUCAGAAGAUUGAGCCCUAUAUGCCAUAUGAAUUUACUUGUGAGGGAAUGCUACAGAGAAUCAAUGCUUUUAUCGAAAAACAGGACUUCUGCCAUGGGCAGGUGAUGUGGCCGCCCCUCAGCGCCCUGCAGGUGCAGCUGGCACAGCCCGGGCAGUCAUGCAAGCAGGUGUGCCAGGAGCACCAGCUCAUCUGCGAGCCCUCUUUCUUCCAGCACCUCAACAAGGACAAGGACAUGCUCAAGUACAAGGUGAACUGCCAGAGCUCCGAGCUGGCCAAGGACAUCCUGGUACCGUCGUACGACCCCAAGAACAAGCACUGUGUGUUUCAAGGAGACCUCCUGCUGUUCAGCUGUGCGGGCGCCCACCCCACACACCAGAGGAUCUGCCCGUGUAGGGACUUCCUCAAAGGCCAGGUGGCCCUGUGCAAGGACUGUCUAUAGCGGCACCCACUCGGCUGCCAACACUCCGCCCAGGACAGAGGCUCCAGCCCCUCAGGCCAGAGCCAGGGGCUCCGAGUCAUCCAGGGACUCUCCCUAGAGCCUGAACUUCUUGGUGGCAGGUGAUGUCGCUCCUUCUGUGUCGGAGUCUCUGCUGCGUCAGCUCGGGGGUCUGACUUUUUCCCCUGGCACAACUCCAAUUUUACGUUCCCAGGAGCCACGAUGGAGGAGACUCUUGGGGCAGCUGCUCCGGGGGUAAGAAAAGAGCCUUGAGAUUUAUUUCCAUACGAAACACGCCCAGAAGAAUUGAGUUGAUCGGCAAGAACUGUGUAUGGGAACAUUCCUAGACCCAUUAACUUAUUUAUUUGGGAGGGAGGGAGGGAAAGCAGGGGAGGGCACAGGGGUCAGCCACAUCAUCCCGUUUCACCUCUACUCUGACAUUCCCUUCUGCUCUGAUGGGUGCCAAGGGGGUAAUGACAGUCUGGAGGAUGACCAGGGGGACCUGGCUCCUCGCAGUCCCCUUUCCACCAUGCCCCCUGCACCCCGGUGCAUACCUGGGCCCUAAUUUCUGCUUAGGACCCCUUAGGAAGAAAUGGAAGGCUGGAAAGAGCCCUCCCUCACUGACAUGUGGAGACCAAGUUUCCCCACAGACGGGGGCGGGGUAGGUGGUGGUCUCAUUCCCUUCUAGCCAGUGAGAGGGUGGCCUCAAGCUGGGAUUUGGAUGGGGUGAAGCUGGACCUUGACAAACCUAUGCUGGCACCAAAGUGGGGCUACAGACAAGAGGGCACAGGCUGAGCACCCCCGGUGUCCGUUUGGUGAAUGCUGUGUGGACCGAGGGAGCAGGGGCAGGGGAGGAGGGUACCCUGCUAUCCUGGUCGCUGGCGGGGUGUGGGUGCAGCUCGCACAGGGUGGUUGUCUGAUGCCCACAAACACUCCAGGAACAAAUAUUCUAAAGGGAAGAGCUGGUUGGCAGGUCGGAGGCGCCUCCAGCCUCUGGCGUCCAGGUGCCUGGAUGCACCGCAUGAGCCCCUCAGCUCCUCCACACAAGCAAGGCGGCGUGUGGUGUGUCCAUGUGUCUGUGAGUCUGGAGUACUCACAGCCUCCCCCGGCUGGUCGCCCUGAGCCCUCUUCCCUUCAUGACGUGCCCAGCUCUAGGGCCGCGGACACCCCCGGUGCUUCCCCGCUAAGGUCAAGAGCGGGCCCCAGGGAUGUAAGGUUGGAGGAGGAGUGAAUUCUGCUGUGCGAGGCCCACGGGAAUGUGGAGGGGUUGGCUCUGCCCACUGCUUCUUUCUUCUUCACUGGGCGGAAGUGCCAUCAAGGCUGCACCAGCCUUUGCUCUUCAAUGCCCCCUGUGCUGAUGCGAGCUGUACCUCUGGUCCUAGAGAGUGGAGGGGUCAAGCUUGGCAGCCAGGGCCACCUCGCACCUUAGGUGCCCGGGAGUCACUCCCAGACUGGCCAAGCAGUCUGCCCAGCGCAGCAACAAGUGCCAAUCCCAAGGGUGCCAGUGUGAGAGAGAGGACGUGUGCACGUUCGGCGAGGGCGGCUUCUGGUGGGGGAGGACCUGCCUUCCCUGAGGAACUGCUUCCCCUCCCCGGGCUGCAGCCCCGCAGCCAGGCCUGCCACACCUGGGCUGGUGCCACCCUCUCCUGGGCUCUUCUGGCAACUGCCAGAGCUGAUGAAAGCAGCGGGAGGCAGAGAGCCAGACCCGAGUCCUCUGACAGGGCCUGGGAGCCCGUGUAGCAGAGCUGUUGAACAAGCACAGAAACUCAGAAGCCAAGGAAGCCGCUGGAAUGGUCGGCUGGCUGCCCCGAGCUCAGGGCCUCUGCGCCUUCUCAUCCACUUCAUGUUGGGGGCCACAGGGCCAGCAGCCCCCUCGCCCCGAGCAUUUGUUAUCCCACCCCCCACCCCUACUGCUUCCCCCAGUCCAGUAUUGGUGGGAAGAGAGCGUACUCCCGAUAGGCUGCAAACCAGCCCACACUCCAGUUGCUAGGGGCAUUCUUUAGAGGGGCAGACACGUGUAAAGCUGCAAGGCACCCCAGAAUCUUGGUUGCAGAGGAAAUUGGGGAGGGUGCCCCUGUGUCUGAUGCCCAGGGAAAGGCACCUGGGUGGGGGGUAGGGGGUUCUAGCGCUGAUCUCAAGAACCCAAAACCUUUUUGAUCAUCAUUCCACAAGAGGGCAGUGAGCAGUGUCUUUCCGUGCAGUGAGUGGUAGCCAAUCUGGCAUGGGCUUUUACUUUUGUCCUUUUCCUGACUGAAAUCUGAAUUCCCCCACCUCUCCGUAGCGAUCCUAAGUCCUUUUCACACUUGAGAGAAAAAAAGAGUUAACUUAUUAAAAGAGAAAAUAAGACAUGAACACUUUCAGGAGUAAAAACCUGUUUUACCCCUGGGAGGGGGGAACAUACAUCCUUUAAUGCCAGUAAACACCUCAUGGGGUUGUGUAUGGACUUUGAUUUGCACAUGUACAAAUGGAGCCGCUUUUUUGCAUAUUUGCUUAGAUUGGGUUUGGGGUUUUUAUUUUGUUUUGUCACUGCUUCUAGUUUGCUGUGUGUGUGUGUUUGCUCUAUGUUUGGAAAUACUAAGAGUCCAUUCUUUGGUAUUUAUUUUUCUCUGAUGUGCCUUUCCCUUUUCUUUGGGGUUGAUUUUUGGGGUGUGAGUGCUGUUGAAAGAGGACAGACUCAAGCUGGAAGACAGAACUGACCCAUUGUCACUGCAGACACUCAGGCUGUGUGUCAGCCACACCAGGCACCCAAGGCCACAGCACACAAGCACAGACACCUCCUCCAUGCACACACCGCCAAGCCCCGAGGACCCCAGGAGAAAGGCGUUGCCUUCCUCCGGAACCACCCACACCCUUGUCAGCUGCUCACCCAGGCCUCUGAGUCUGUCUGGGACUGUGCCAUUGUGUCACCACCCAGGCCCUCGGUGCCAUGUGGCUGGGACCUCUCGGGUUGCACUGAAGGGCAUCGGGCCCCCAAAAGGCACAUUAGAAGCAUUGGCCAAUGAACACUUGACCUGGUUAGCAUCGUGAAGGGGAGAUUGCGCAGCCCCCCUCCCCCUUUUUUGUCUGCUUAGCUAAGAGUUUAAGAAAGGCCAAUACUUAGCUUCCCCUUUGGAGGCAGAGCCCAGGGCACCUCUCUGGCAGUGCAAGCAUGACGGUGCCACGGUGGACUGGACAUGCGCAGUCUGUGCUUUAGUUUGUUCUGCCCCAUUCUCCUAGGUUGACCUAGUUGGUGCCGGUAACUGAGACAUUACUGCCCUCCUGUAUGACCUAAAGUUCUCAAUUUUUUUAAAAAAAAGCCUAUUUUGUUAACGACAGGCUCAGGCAUGUGCAUUAUUCUCCUAAGCCUGGACUGUUGUAUUUAUUUUUAAAUAGUUUAAUCCAUAUUGGCUUCCUUCAAAUCCCUUUCACUUCUAUGCGAGGUUGCAGAGCAUCUUCAAGUAGAACAAUGGAUGGGCAUAAAAAAAAAUAGAGUACUGUUUACUGAGAAACCUGGGAAUGUGCCUAAAGCUGAGGCUCAAUUCCUUUUGCUUUCGUUGGCUUCAACUAAAAGUGGACAGCCAAGGUGUUAGAGCAAAUGGCCAAAUUAGCUGUAGAAUCCUGGGUACAGGCAACACUGCCCUGGCUCUUGUUCUUAGCACUUGGGGGGUCUUAGUGAGGAUUCAGUGUUAAGCAAAGUCUGGCCCACAGUAAGCCCUAGUAAAUGUUAAAUAUUGUUAUUAGCAUUUCACAAUUUUUGAGAAAUGAGCAGCUGCACUCACUCCCUGUUGGUUCACAAGCAACUUCCACAUAAAAAUAUAUUGCAAGCAGACAAAAUGUUGUAGGAAUGACUGAGGUAGGAUAUUCAAGUCUGAAGCCCAACUUGCUCUUUGAAACCGUAUCUCUCAAUGCACUGAUUGGUUUGAAAGGUAUGCCUGACUUCAGCCCCAGGUGAAACCCAGACGGUAAGAAUUUGUCAACUUGAAUGAAAUGGGUGGCCUGUGGCCAAGUACUGCACCUCGCCCCACUAAUAUCGGUUAGGAAUAAGCAGCGUUUCAAGGUUUUUCUUGAUACACUUUGGGCUAUGAACUAAGUUCUGACUUACUAUACCUGUUCAAAUGAAACUUAGCUGUAUUCCUCUUAAAAAAUAAUAGAGACUUUUUCUGUUUGGGUUUUUGUUAUUUAAAAAGAAAGGGAUGGCUCACUGGACUUACUGACUCCCCCAUGCUGUCCCCUGCUGGUCGGGGCGACCCUGACACUGCCCAGUCUGCAGGGGUCAGACUCCCGGGCUGGUGAUCUGUCUACAUGUUCCCCUCGGUCCUGGUCCCAGAGAAGCGCCAGCUCCCCUAGGCCAACCCAGAGUCUUACCGGGCAUUUGCCUCUUAAUUUCCUGUCAGAGCAAGUGUGCGCUCUCCUCCCCAGUCACGGCCUGGCUCUGGAUGGACUGCAGCUGUGGACUAUGGAGUAUAUAGUCCAUUGCUAGUAUCUGUGUCCUUCAAGUUCUCUUCCACUGAGAUUCUCUUCCGCUGAAAUCAGCAAUUUUACCCUUCUCUGGACCUGAGAAUUUAGUGGAAUUUACCUUCUUCUAAGCAUCUUUACUCUAUCCCAGAUUUUGUGGAGCCUUAAAAUCCCCAACCCCUUCAGCUGGUGCCACAUGGUGAAGGCUGGAAUGCGCAGCCGUGUGUGGCCACAGGCAGGUCUGCGUCUCUGUCUGUGGAGGGAGGGCUGGUCGUGGCUCAGAGCUGGAGGUCCAGACGCCUCUGUGGGAUUAGCACCGGCUGCCACCUCCGCCAAAGCCAAGAUGGAGAGAACUUGGGAAGCAUUUUGCUCGCCGUCCUGCCCCAGUAUUAACAGGACCAGAGCAGAGCAAUCGAUGCCAAAGGAGAUGGUGACUUCCUUUCUACUGUAGUUGCUGUCACAACCUUGAUGUCUUUAAGCUAAUGACCGUUUGCGUCUGUGUCUUCAAACAGCUUCUGGUAAAAACAAAAUAAAAUGUUUUCUACUGUUCACUUCUGGGGUUAAGUAGUGCAGGUUUCUGCAAAUAUGGUGUCGCUGUCCAAAUGUACUGUACUGGCCUAGAAAGCACUGCUUUGUUUUCCACUGUUGUAGAGAAAACUAGGGAGAACUUUAUUUUUCAAUAAACCUUUCUUGUGUGA